AUGGAAGGCCAGAGUUCGAAGGUCAAGGAGCUCAAGGGCACCGAGAAGCGUGACGCUCUCACCGCAUGGGAGCGCGAGUGCCAAGCUAAAUGGGAACAGGACGGCGUAUUCGAGGCAAACCCCCCUUCGAUCGACGAUAUUCCCCUCGAUUCCAUCUCCGCCGCCGAUCUCCGCGAGAAAUACCCACGAUGGCACGGAAACAUCGCCUAUCCUUACAUGAACGGUGCUCUCCAUGCCGGUCACUCGUUCUCCAUCUCCAAGGUCGAGUUCCAGGCCGGUGUUGCCCGCCUCCAGGGCAAGAACGCUAUGUUCCCCAUGGGUUUUCACUGCACCGGAAUGCCCAUCAAGGCGUGCGCCGACAAGCUCACCAAGGAAAUCGAGAUGUUCGGCCGAGACUUCGAGGGCUACAAGGAGGAGUUUGAGGAGCCCGAGGCCCCCAAGGCCGCCCCAGCUGCCAAGGAGGAUCCGACGAAAUUCAAGGCCCAGAAGAGCAAGGUUGCCGCGAAGAGCGUCAAGGCCAAGUACCAGUUCCAGAUCAUGAAGGCCAUUGGUAUCCCAACCGAAGAGAUCCACCACUUUGCUGAUGCGCACCACUGGAUCACCUUCUUCAGCCCUCUUGCCGAGCGAGAUCUCAAGAGCUUCGGUGCUAGGAUCGACUGGAGGCGAAGCUUUGUCACGACCGACAUUAACCCCUACUACGAUCAGUUCGUGCGCUGGCACAUGAAACGAUUGAAGGAGGCGGGAAAGAUGAAGUUCGGCAAGCGUUAUACCAUUUACUGUAUCAAGGAUGGCCAGCCCUGCAUGGACCACGAUAGGUCUCAGGGUGAAGCCCUCAACCCCCAGGAGUAUACUGCUUUGAAGCUCAAGGUCCUUGAGUGGUCGCCCAAGGCGGCCGAGAUUAUCAAGGGCAAGCUCCCCGAGGGCGCGAACGUUUUCUUAGUCCCUGCCACUCUGAGGCCCGAAACUAUGUACGGCCAGACGUGUUGUUUCGUCGGACCCAAGCUCCAAUAUGGCGUCUACCAAGCUUCCGAUAACGAGUACUUCGUCAUCACGGAACGCGCCGCUAGGAAUAUGGCGUAUCAGGGUAUUUUCCAGGAGAACGGCGUCAUCAAGAAGGUUGCCGACCUCGAGGGCUCCGAUAUGAUCGGCACCCUCAUCAACGCUCCUCUCUCUUGCCACACGGAAGGCGUCCGCGUCUUGCCCAUGGAGACGGUCCUUGCCUCCAAGGGUACCGGUGUCGUUACCUCCGUUCCCUCCGACAGCCCCGACGACUACGCGACUGUUACGGACCUUGCGAAGAAACCCGAGUACUACGGCAUCGAGAAGGAGUGGGCCGAGAAGGAAAUUAUUCCCAUUAUCGAUACCCCGACAUACGGCGACAAGUGCGCCGAGUACCUUGUCAAGCAGCUCAAGAUCUCUUCUCCAAAGGACUCGGUACAGCUCGCAAAGGCCAAAGAGCUUGCCUACAAGGAGGGCUUCUACCAGGGUGUGAUGAAGGUCGGCGACUUCAAGGGCGAGAAGGUCGAGGUCGCCAAGCCCAAGGUCCGACAACAGCUCAUUGACAACAAUGAGGCGUUUGCCUACUCCGAGCCCGAAGGUCUCGUCAUCUCCCGCUCUGGCGACGAGUGUAUCGUUGCCCUCAUGGACCAGUGGUUCAUCGAGUAUGGCGAGGAGUCGUGGAAGAAGGUCGCCCUCGAUUAUGUCGAGAAUGGCCUCAAUACCUACUCGGCUGAGACUAAGCACGCUUUCGAGGGCGUCUUGAACUGGCUCAAGGACUGGGCCGUCAGCCGAAACUACGGCCUUGGAAGCAGACUGCCUUGGGAUGAGAAUGUCUUGGUUGAAUCUCUCUCCGACAGUACCAUCUACAUGGCGUACUACACUAUCUGCCACCUCCUCCACACCGAUAUCUAUGGUCGCGUGAAGGGAGCGGCGAACGUUGAGGCUAGCCAAAUGGUUGAUCAGGUCUGGGAUUACGUCUUUGCCCGCCGUGACUUCGACGAGUCCAUUGUCGAAGUCUCCAAGAUUCCCAAGAAGACUCUCCAGUUGCUGCGCAGGUCCUUCGAAUACUUUUACCCCAUCGACGUUCGCGUGUCCGGCCGUGAUUUGAUUCCCAACCACUUGACUUUCUGUAUCUACAACCAUAUCGCCAUGUUCUCCCGGGAAUACUGGCCAAGGUCCAUCCGUGCCAACGGCCACUUGCUCUUGAACGGCGAGAAGAUGUCCAAGUCCACAGGAACUUUCUUAACCCUCCACGACCUUGUUGCCAAGUACGGUGCUGACGGCGCGCGUAUCGCCCUUGCCGAUGCCGGCGACUCCAUCUCCGAUGCCAACUUCGAGGAAGACGUCGCCGACAACAGCAUUCUCCGAAUGUACACUCUCCGAGAAUGGUGCGAGGAGGUAACCCGCGACAAGGCCAACCUCAGGACGGGCGAGUUGAACUCGUACCAGGACCGCUUCUUCGAGAACGAGAUGAACGCCGCAGCCACCGAGGCCAUCUCGCAAUACAACCAGACCAACUACAAGCUCGCCCUCAAGGCGGCCCUCUACGACCUCUCCGCGGCGCGUGACUUCUACCGAGAGGCUUGUAUCGCCGGUGGCAUCGCCCUCCACGCCGACCUCGUCGACAAGUGGAUCAGGCUGCUCGCCAUUCUCCUGUCGCCCAUCACCCCCCACUUCUCCGAGUACAUCUGGCUCAAGGUCCUCAAGGAGAAGGACACGAUCCACCGCGCCAGGUUCCCCACGGUUCCCGCCGUCGACCCCGUCCUUACGGCGGCCCGCGAAUACAUCAAGGACACGGCCUCCAACGUCAACUCAGCCGAGAGCGCCCAGCUCAAGAAGAAGGCCAAGGGCAAAGCCACGACCUUUGACCCCAAGAAGCCCAAGAAGCUCACCAUCCUCGUUAGCACCACCUUCCCUGCCUGGCAGGAGAAGUACAUUGAGCUCCUCCGCGAGAUGUGGGAUCCCGCCACCAAGACCGUCGACGACAAGGCGCUCAACGGCAAGAUCGGCAAGAUGGGCGAGAUGAAGAAGGCUAUGCCGUUCGUGCAGGCCCUCAAGAAGCGCCUCGUCUCGGGCGAGUCCGUGCACGUCGUGCUCGACCGCAAGCUCGCCUUCGACGAGACGGCGAUCCUUAAGCAGAUGGUUCCCGGGCUUAAGCGCUCAGCGAACUUGAAGGAGGUGGAUAUCCUCGUGCUUAAGGAUGAGGGGAAGAAGGCGGUGGAUUUGGACGGGAAGGAGGUGCCGUUGACGAUACCGGCGGAGAAUGCUGUGCCAGGAUCGCCGGUUUUCCAUUUUGAGAAUGUGGAGGAGGGAGCGGGGGAGAAGACUCUUGAGAUUAGGUAG